AUGUCCCAUAUUUACAAAUGGUUAUUUGGUCCGCCGGCUAUCGCGGUGGAUGCCCACGAAACGGACCCUACCCUUCUCAAAGAGAAUUCCACGCUCAAGACAUAUACCACCAGUCGCUGCGAGUACAAGGACAUCCGCGUCUUUUUCCGCCAGCAUGCCAAGGCGGCCCAGCUACCGAAAGACCCAGGGCCGCUGCCUUUGCUGGUCUGUAUCCCUGGUUUGGGCGGCUCGGUCGCGCAAUUCCACCCUCUGCUGAGCAGCCUCGUGGACAUGGGCCCGUGCCUGGCGAUAGACCAUCCCGGCGGAGGACGGUCUGCCUUUUCGCAGAAACGCUGGGACGCGUAUACAAUGGAGGCUCUCGCCGAGCUCUUGGAAACAAUCAUCGAGGAUCAUCGCGAUGUCGGGCAAAAGGUGGUCCUCGUUGGCCAUAGCAUGGGCACAGGGCUCUCUGCGCUCCUGGCGAGCAAGAAGACGGUGCACCACACGGAUCUGGUGAACAACAUUGUUGGCUUCAUCGCCAUUUGCCCCUCCGCUGGUCCUCUGGGCGAGUCUGUAUCGCCGUGGGUCCGCGCCCUGCUCUGGGUACCAGGCUGGGUCUUUUCCCUGUGGCGACUGUGGGAUGGAAGAGGCGGCCCAGACAGCCCGUCUAUUGCGCGAUUCGCAGGCGCUGCGGCACCACCCGAACUGCGGCUGCUUCAGUACCGCUAUAAUCAGCAGAGCCGAACUCCCGUCUUCCGACGCAUGGUUGCCGCCGCGGCACCACCUUAUAAGAAUGGCAAGCCCAUGGGCGGUAUUCCUACAACGGACAUCUGGAGCGAACUUGAUAUCCCCCUCUACCUUAUUGGCGGCGAGGCUGACCAUGUGACACCGACGACGAAUGUGGACAAGAUUGUUAAUGCCAUCAAGACGAAGCAGGCUGCUCAAGAUGGCACGGAGACGCCGAUAGUGCAUGUCAGCAAGGCCGCCGAACCAGUAGGCACAAGGCUACAGCCAGACGAUCACGAUCUCUCGUCAUCCAUUGUCAAUAUCACGGAUGAAGAUUUUGCAAAAUCAGACGCCGAGACUGAUGACUCACGCCACGACCCAUCAACUCCCUUGGAAUCUACCACGGCUAUCCCGCCACAGCCUGAGCACCCGGCCAUGGUCGUUCAGUCCAUCAUCAUCCCCGCACCGGCCAACCACACACUCCUCUAUGCCCCGCGCGCAUCGCGCAUCCUGGCCGGUCUCAUUGCCGACUUCCUCGCCAACAACAUCACCGGUCGCCUCUCCCUCGCCUGGCAGCUACAAUACCUCAGCCAGGAGGGCAAGUGGGACGUCAAGAACCUGGCCAAGUGGAAGUCGGUCUUGCCCGUGUCGGCACCCAUCGGCCCGUCCGGCGGCGCUCCCGUCUUCCGUGCCAUGAAGACGCUGCGCGAGGCCGACGACGUUCAUAGCCCCGCCGAGUUCACCGCCCGCUGGAGCUACGUCGUCAAGGACGUCAUCGACAUCUCCAAGGACCAGCCCGUCUACGACGCCCAGGGCCUCGAGCGUGCCGGCAUCCACUACCACAAGUUCCCGACCGUCUCCAAGAUUCCGCCCAACGCGGAGGAGGUGGCGGCCUUUAUCCAGCUCGUCGACUCGAUUCGCGCGCGGCAGGCCGACCGCGCAGUGGCGGAGAGCUGGGACGACAACUGGCGGCAGCAGGUCGUCGUCGGCGUCCACUGCCACUACGGCUACAACCGCACCGGCUACUUUGUCGUUUGCUACCUGGUCGAGCGCUGCGGCAUCUCGGUGCAGGAUGCAAUUGCCUUGUUCAAAAAGGCCAAGCCGAAUGGCAUCCGCCACUCGCAUUUCCUGGAUAAGUUGUACAUGCGGUACGACUUGAAUGUCAGGGACACUACUACCUAA